CGAAAGCCCAAAGACACAGACUUGACCACAAUGAGCCGCGUCGCCUCGCCGUGUUCUCCGAGAAUUCCAAUCCGCUUGAAAUUUAAUACUCUCGUUCGCGCAUCUUCCGCGAAAUCUGAUGCCUCCCUUGCACCACCUACGACGCGCAAACCUGCCAAGGUUCCGGAAGGUACCCCUGUUAUUCCUCCUCAAGACCUCGCCUCUCGCCCUCGCCGCAACCGGCGAAGUAGCACCGUGCGUGAUGCAUUUCGGGAGACUAUUUUGACCCCGUCAAACUUCAUCUAUCCAAUCUUCGUCCACGACGGGGACGAUGAUAUUCCAAUCGGUUCGAUGCCCGGGCAAUCCCGCCUUGGCUGGAAGACAGGCAUGAUAAACAAGGUCCGCGAGGCUCGUGCAGCUGGGGUAAAUCAAGUUGUGGUUUUUCCGAAAACACCAGAUAACCUCAAAACCCCAACAGCUGAGGAGUGUUACAAUCCAAAUGGACUUGCCCAGCGCUCUAUUUCUCUACUCAAAGAUACGUUUCCUGAUCUUGAAGUUUAUACUGACGUUGCUUUGGAUCCAUACAACACCAUGGGCCACGAUGGCAUGGUGCGCUCGGAUGGUGUGAUAAUGAAUGACGAGACCGUAUACUAUCUCUGCAAGCAAGCUGUUUCUCAAGCUCGAGCAGGUGCAGAUGUUAUAUCUCCUUCUGAUAUGAUGGAUGGGCGGGUGGGUGCUAUCAGAGAAGCACUUGACUCAGAAGGAUUCACGAAUGUCGCAAUUAUGUCAUACACUGCGAAGUACAACUCUGCAUACUAUGGUCCUUUCCGGGAUGCCCUCGCAAGUGCACCCCGCCCAGGUAACGAAGAUUGGAAAAUACCCUUGGACAAGGCAGAAUACCAGAUGGAUCCAGCCAACUUCCGCGAGUGUCUCCGAGAAGCUGCACUUGAUGAAGCCGAGGGUGCUGACAUCUUAAUGGUGAAGCCUGCUGGUGCUUAUCUUGACAUAAUUCGUGCACUGAAAGAUAGCACCACGCUACCCAUCAGCGCGUACCAGGUCUCUGGAGAAUACUCCAUGCUCAAGGCGGCCGCAGCAGCUGGAUAUUUGAAUGAAGAGGAAGCUGUGCUUGAAAGUCUUAUCUCCAUAAAGCGGGCAGGCGCUGAUUUGACUCUUACCUAUUAUGCUGUGGAUGCCGCAAAGUGGAUCCAGGAGUUGUGA